AUGGGAGACGAGGCUGCUGAGAACCUUCGCUUGAUGAUCGAGUUUGCCAAGAGGGGCCAAAUUCCCCAGAUCGAGGGCUUCCUCGAUGAGCAGGUGCCGAUCAAUGGAGUCGACCAUUUGGGCUGCACAGCGCUCCACUGGGCUGCCAGCGGCGGUCACGCUGAGGCCAUCGAAUUCCUUGCUUCCCGAGGCGCGAACGUCAACGCCGUCGCCAAGGAUGGCGAUACCCCCCUUCACAAGGCCGCAUGGCGCAACCACCCUCAGGCUUGCAGCGCUCUGGUCGCUGCGGGCGCCGACAGGAAGGCUCGCAACGCCGAGGGCAAGCUCGCGUCCGAACUGGCCCGUGACGGCUCGUGCAAGCGCGUCUGCACUCCCCUCCCCGAAGUUGGCGCCACCACGAACCCACUAUUGAGGGCCAUGGAGGAAGCCGCCCUCAUGGACGAUGAUGAGGACGAUUAA